AUGCCUUCAAAGACGGAAGAUUCAACUCAAUAUACAGCUGGUGGAACGCCAUCGAAUCGUGGAAUGUUACGUCGAUUAAGUCCAAUGUUUUUCUUGACUAUUUGCAGUAUAUUAUGUAUUGUAACAGUUAUUGCAGCAUUAAUUGUUUUUACAUUUCUUCCAAUAUUUACAACAGCUAAAGGAGAUCAAACAAAAUAUCAGGUUCGAAGUGAUAUUCUCACGCUUGUUUAUAAUCUACCUGAUAGGCUAUCAAUGUCAUCGAUGAAUUGGACUUAUGAACCAAAUGAUUUGGAAGCAGACAAAUUAUCGAUUCUUCAAAAUUUGCUUCAAGAUCAACUUAAUAAUAAAAAAAUAACAAAGAAAACAAGUCUCACGAUUAUGAAUGCUUUUAUAACUCGUCAACCUUCAUCCAUAAAUAUAACGUUUGUUUCUCCUGUUACUUUUGACAGUCACAAUAAUCCAAUUAUUAUUAUAACGCAACCUGACAAUGAUACAGAAAUAAACUCUACAUCACAAUUGAUAGUCUCAUUAAGGCUUCGGUAUGCCCUUGAAUGCGCUAAAAAAUGUCAAAAUAAUAUGAAAGAAUCAAUUUUUGCAAAAACAUUUCACAGUUUAGAAUUACCGAUUGAUACAUUUCAAAAAUUAUUUACUAACAAUUUAAAAACUUCAACAAAUCAAUUUUUAUCAAGUUCUUCGCGAUCAACUAAUGCACCACCACCACCAACACCAACAACAGCAACAGCAAGGCCCUGUAUAGUCAAUACUUAUCCAUAUGAUCCUGCAUCAUCAGUAAUUACAGCAAUGAAUUAUGAAGCUGAAUCAUUAUUGAAUACAUUUAUUUCAACAACCACUGAAUUGUGUUCAGCUUGUUCAGGAGAAAAGAAAGUUAGCAAUAUUGGUUUUACUAAUGAGCUUAUCUUUCAACAAAUCUUAAGUUAUUAUGGUGGCUCAACCAUUGUUAUUUUUUACUAUAUAACUGAUCGUAUUCGAUCUGCUGAAAUUGUUAUAAACGAUAUGUCUCCUUCCAUUAAUGUUACAUUUCCAGUUAUGUCCACAAAUCAAACUAUUUCGUCUACACCUGUUAUACUCAAUCUUUGUCAAGGAUUUAAUUCAAUUCGUAUUUAUAAUCGAGACGACUACACACCCGAUAUUGAUCGAAUUAUUGUUUAUUGA